GGCCUGGUCUGAGACGCUGUGGAGACUGCAGCUGACCAUAAACGUGACCAAGCAGAAGACGACCCAGGCCUCGCCACUAAACCUAUUGGUGGGUGCAGACGCAGCGACCCCUGUCAUCAGGUCACUAGUCCGUGACAUUUCAUUCGAAGGCGAACAACCAAAUCGGGAAGCUCAAAGGGAGUUACGCCGAGCCCGAGCGAGUGAUCUGUUGAGACAAAACCAAUCUCGACAGGACCAGUAUGUGAACCGUAACAGAUGCCCUCCAAGGGUGUUUAAUGUGAACGAUUUGGUCUUUGUGAUUAAGUUUUCGCAGGCUACUGGGAAGAUGGAUCACGGCAUGCGCGGCCCGUACAAAGUCACACGCGCUCUGCCAAGUGGGCGGUAUGAGCUGCGGUUGUUGGCAAGUUCCUAUGGGAAGACGACGCAAGCUGCUGCUCAGUAUAUGGUGCUAUGGAAAGGGGAGUGGUGCCCUGAGACUUGCGCUGCAUUCUUUGAGCAAGGCGACCUGUCCGAGGACACCACCACCCCCGCUCACCAGGACCCAGAGCCAGUCGCUGGUCCUUCCCGUCCUGCCAGCGAGACCCGCGAGGCACCCGCGCAGCACUUGCCGGACAUAUCAGAUGCUGUCGAGGACGACGCAUGAUCAGGAUGGCCGUGUUGGAUCCUACUACCCUACGUAGGAGCAAGGGCCGGGCGUUCCCUAUAAAAGCGCAGCGAACGGUGGCGCAGCUCUCUUUUCUCGGCUGGACUCGGUGGCGUGCGGAAACUCUGCUCGUGGUGUAAUCUGCUGUUCGGUAUUUGUGUCUUUCUUUAAUUUCUAUUGUUGAUUUGUAUAAUUGGUAAUAAUUCUGUUCCUCUGUUAGUUUGUUAAGUUUGGUUAUAAUUUUUGUAAAUACAUGUGAUUAGUUUUUAGGUUAAUAAAUAAUUCUUUUUUUUAA